UAUAUAUAAAAAUGUUUCCAGACAGCUCCACCGUUGCUAAGAACCAGCAGGAUUGACUACCACGACGUCGUUCUAACAGGACAGGAAAGGAUAAAGCUAACAUCUGCCUGGACUCCCAUAACCGUUAUGCUGAUCAAUGUCGUCACCACCUACAUCUGUUACACGUUCGGAAAGUUCGCCUGUAAGAUCAUGGUCCAGAUGGUUUGUUUUGCCUUCCCGAUCAACCUAACCGUACCAGUGCUUAUAACAGCACUCAUAUCAGUAGUUGGCAACUAUUAUGAAGAUGUAUGUGCCUAUGCUGAUCUCAUGCCGAGGUAUCUAUUCUUCAACAUACCGAUGCCGAUGACCAAGGUAGGAGACUUUCUGUUCCAAGAGCAUGCCUGGAUAUGGUUGAUGUGGCUGCUGUCACAAACCUGGAUCACGAUCCACAUUUGGUUCAACGAAAACCGAAGAUUGUCCAGAACAGAGGUGUUGUUCUUCAAGCCCUUGUAUGAUGCUUUCUUCAUCGAUCAGUCGCUGGCUAUGAAUCGAAGGAGGAUUACAGUGGACGAAAAGCAUGAAGAAAUUACUAUUGAUAACGAGGCCGUGGUGAAGGUGUAUGCCUGUGGUACUAUGUGGCAUGAGGAAAAAGACGAGAUGGUUAUGUUCUUGAAAUCAAUUUUGAGGAUGGACGAGGACCAGUGUGCUCUGAGGAUGUGCAAGGAAUUCCAUAAAGAAGCACCACCAGAGUACUACGAAUUUGAAGCUCACAUUCUGUUCGACGAUGCUUUCAUCCGGAAGAAAAAAGACCCGGAACCUCGACUGAACGAAUACGUCCUACGCUUAAUCGAGUCAGUACAAGACGCUGUCAGCAAUCUCCACGCGACAAACGUCAAGGUCAAACCACCGACAAUAAUGCAAACACCAUACGGAGGCCGAAUCGUCUGGACUCUGCCAGGUCGAAAUAAGCUAGUGGUACAUUUGAAGGACACCGACAAGAUUAGGACUAGGAAGCGAUGGUCGCAGGUCAUGUACAUGUACUACCUUCUUGGGUACAGGAUAAUGGACAACGACGAGCUUUCGAACAGUGAAAUUGCGAGCAUUUCAGAGAAUACUUACAUAUUGGCCUUGGAUGGAGACAUCGAUUUCCAACCGCAUGCUGUCCAGUUGCUGCUGGAUUACAUGAAGAGAAACAGAGGCUUAGGAGCUGCUUGUGGUAGGAUCCAUCCAGUAGGAGCUGGGGCGAUGGCCUGGUACCAAAUCUUCGAAUACGCUGUCGGCCAUUGGCUGCAGAAAGCCACUGAACACGUGAUUGGCUGCGUAUUGUGCAGUCCCGGAUGCUUCUCUCUAUUCAGAGCUAGCGCUCUCAUGGACCAUAAUGUGAUGGCUAAGUACACCACAGAAUCGGAUGAAGCCAAACAUUUCGUACAGUACGAUCAAGGUGAAGAUAGAUGGCUAUGUACCUUGCUCUUACAAAGGGGCUACCGUGUAGAAUAUUCAGCUGCCUCAGAUGCAUACACGAAAUGUCCUGAAGGGUUCAACGAAUUUUAUAACCAACGAAGAAGAUGGAUGCCUUCAACUACUGCAAACAUCUUGGACUUGCUGAAUGACCGCGAUCAUAUUGUCAAAGUGAACGAAAAUAUUUCGUGGUUGUACAUCAUAUAUCAAAUGAUUCUCAUGGUGGGUACAGUGCUGGGUCCAGGAACAAUUUUCCUCAUGUUGGUAGGGGCAUUCGUCUCUGCUUUCAAGCUCAGUCAAUGGGAAAGCUUCGGAUGGAACCUCCUACCUAUUCUCCUUUUUGUAAUAAUCUGCGCCAUCUGCAAAGCCGAAACUCAACUGUUCUUUGCUAGCAUCAUCAGUGGAAUGUAUGGUUUGGUCAUGAUGGCUGUCUUGGUCGGAAUCCUUCUCCAGAUUAAGGACGAUGGUGUUAUGGCACCUUCGUCUUUAUUCUUCUUUUUCGUUGCAAUGGAGUUCAUCGUCACCGCUUUACUCCAUCCUCAGGAGUUCUACUGUUUGAAGUACGGCGUGAUAUACUACGUGACGGUACCCAGUAUGUACAUGCUGUUGGUUAUAUAUUCGGUCUUCAAUAUGAACUCCAUCUCAUGGGGUACCAGGGACGUGAAACUUGUCGACGAUGAUGCACCAGAAAAUGGGGAUAAAGAUAAGAACGAAGAAGAUUCCACUGGCGCAAAAGUGAAGAAGCAGUUGAACAAGUUCCAGGCAUUCUUCAGAUCGUGUUGCGAAUGUUUUUACUUGCGUGAGACGGAUCUGCUGCGGAACAUACAACAAAAACUGGAUGUAAUAGAACGUAAUCAGUACAACCUAGACACUACUGUUGAGCUGAGGCGACCGACCAAAAGGCCUUCGACGAUACCAGAAGGACAAAAAUCAUCCAGAGCUUCAUUGAAAGGUUCGAGUCCUCCAACGAGAAUGAGUUCGAGUAAUUUCAAGGAAGAUGGCGAAGACGGUAGCUCCGAAUACGCUGCGUCUGUAGUGAACAUACCGGAGGAUAGUUGGAUGGACCAGUUCGAGGGGGCAGGCGUUGAAACGCUGGUGCUUGAGAAGAAAGAGGACGAGUUUUGGAAGGACCUGAUCAAGGAGUAUUUGUCUCCGAUAGAUGCAAAUACUGCAAAGCAGAAAAAAAUUGGAAAAGACCUGAAAGAUCUCAGGGACAAAACGGUCAUGUCUUUCUUCAUGCUGAACUCGCUCUUCGUUUUAACCGUAUUCAUGUUGACGAUACAAAAGAAUGUGCUGCACAUAGACUGGCCGUUCAACCCGAAGGUGAAUUUUACGUAUCGACGAGAUACGAACGAGUUUACAAUCCACCAAGACUUCCUGCAAUUAGAGCCAAUCGGGUUCAUCUUCCUGAUAUUCUUCUUCAUGUUGAUGGGCAUCCAAUUCUUCGGUAUGAUCCAGCACCGGUUCGGCACCUACUGUCACAUUAUGGCCAGCACUUACCUGAACUUGAUUCCAACAAGACGUCGUAAGGAUCUUAAGGAGAUGGGGAAGAACGAACUGAGAGACCCGAAGCUGUUCAAAAAGUUGAUAAAGCUUCAAGGAAUCAACGACGAAGAGAAGGACGCGGAGAAAAGCGUGGACGUCAAAGCGAGGAAAACUGCUGCUGUCCUUGCUAUGAAGAAAGGGAAGAAGAAAAGACCGACUAUUUACUAUUUGGACGAAGCGUACCGGAAGCGGAUGGAGAACUUCAAAGAAGGAAACUUUACGGAGGACAUCGGUGUGAAUCGGAAGACUCUGCACAAUCUGGUAGGCCAGCAGUCAUCACAAACUACAAAUCAUAGAAAUGAGACGGCAACUUCAGCUCUUCAAGAACAUACCGUGUUAUAAUGUAUAACUUGCGUCUCAUGUAACUUAUUCCUAUUUAUUGAUUAUAAAUUUUACUGUACAUAAAAUGUGAGCUAGCCGCUU